UGCAGCUCUGAAGGCACAGACCCCCUCAACAUCUGUGUGUGUUCAUCUCUCUCUGCUCUUUUCUCCCUUUCUGGUGUCAGUCAUCUCUCUGGUCUCCCGCACGGCUGAUCUCCCGACGCUGUCAUGGCUUCUUUGGGCUUCGACCCCUUCUUCCCCUCCUCCCACCGCCGCAGGGUGGUGCUGCGCAGCAGCGGUGGCAGCGGUGGCUACGGGGGUCCGUCUCGCUCCCGCUCCGUCUUCACCUCCUACUCCACCCCCCACUACGCGCUGACCGCGUCGUCGGGCCGCGAGCUGGACCUGGGCCAGGCGGCGCAGGUGAGCUCGGAGCUGAAGGCCGUGCGCACGGCCGAGAAGGCGCAGCUGCAGGAGCUGAACGACCGCUUCGCCGGCUUCAUCGAGCGCGUGCACCACCUGGAGCUGCAGAACCGCGCGCUGGAGGCCCAGCUGCAGGCGCUCCGACAGCGCCAUGGUGAGCCCACCUGCCUGCGCUCCAUCUACGAGCAGGAGGUGCGUGCGCUGCGCGCGGCCGUGGAGCAGGCGCGGGAGGAGCGUCAGGCCGCGCAGGAGCGCCGUCGGCAGCUGGAGGAGGCCCUGAGGGCGCUGCAGGGCCGCUACGAGGACGAGGUUCUGACGCGCCAGGAGUCCGAGUGCCGGCUGGUGGAGGCGCGUAAGGGGGCGGAGGAGGCGGCGCUGGGCCGAGCCGAGGAGGAGAAGCGUCUGGACAUGCUGCUGGACGAGAUGGCCUUCCUCAAGCGGCUGCACGAGGGCGAGAUCACCGAGCUGCAGGCCCAGCUCCGCUACAGCUCCCAGGUCUCCGUGGAGACAGAGGUGGCCAAGCCGGACCUGUCGGUCGCGCUGCGUGACAUCAGGGGCCAGUACGAACGCCUGGCGCAGCAGAACAUGCAGUCCGCCGAGGAGUGGUUCCGCUCAAAGGUCAGCACUAUGGCCGAGACCACGGCCCGCCACUCCGAUGACAUCCGUCUGGCCCGCGAUGAGGCGGGAGAGUUCCGACGCCUGCUGAAAGCCCGCGACCUGGAGAUUCAGGCGUGCCAGAGCCUCAACCACGCACUGGAGCAGCAGCUCCUGGAGGCCGAGGACAGACAGAGCGCCGAGGUCACCAACAUGCAGGACGUGAUUGCCCAGCUGGAAGAUGAGCUGAGGAGCAUGAAGAACGAGAUGGCACGCUACCUGAAGGAAUAUCAGGACCUGCUCAACGUCAAGAUGGCUCUGGACAUUGAGAUCGCCGCCUACAGGAAGCUGCUGGAGGGGGAGGAGACACGCUUCAAUGUGGGUGGAGUCGGGGGCAUGUCCAGCGUCUUCUCACACACCAUCUCAUCCACACCCUCCUUUGGCCGGCCCGUCUUCUCCGUGCAGGCCAGCCUGAGCUCUGGCGCCCCCUACCUGCUGGGAACGCGCCUCCUCAGCUCCUCUCUCUUCAGCGACGACCUGAUAACCUCCAGCCGGGCUCAACAGGCUGAGGCCAGCCCAGCGAAGGAGGAGGAGGAGGAGGAGGAGAAGGAGGAAGAGGAAGAAGAGGAGAAGGAGGAGGAAGAGGAGGGAGGAAAUGAGGGAGAAGGUGAUGAAGACAAAAAAGAGGAAGAGGAGGAAGAGGGAGAGGGUGAGGAAGAGGCACAGGAAGUGAAGGAGGGAGAAGGAGAGGGUGGUGAGGAAGAGGAGGCAGGAGAAGAGGAGGAAGAUGCUGAAGGAGGAGAAGAGGGAGAGAAGGAGGGAGGAGAGGAGGAAGAGGGAGGAGAUGAAGAAGAGGAGGAGGAGAAAGGAGAGGACAAGAAGAGUCCAGAGGAGGAGAAGAAGAGUGAAGCAGAAACUAAACCAAAGAAAAAGUAGACCAGAUGCAUCCAGACCCACGGUGCUAAGUGACUUUAAUGAAUGGCAUCUCAACACAUCUCUCCUAAACACUCGCGUGCACACACACACACACACAUGCACACAAAAAUACACACACAUACACACACACACACUCACAGACACACACACACACUGCUGUCAUCAUUAUGAAUGUCCAACUCCAAAUGCAAACCAACAUUGUGGCUGUAAGCAAGAACCCUACCAGGAGCUAGUGCUGAGUGUAUGCAUGGACCUCCAGUGUGUGUUUGUGUGUGAUGGUUUCAUUUGUCUACGCAACAACUGUUAGCUGUGAGUAAGAGUGUGACUGCUUGUUCUGUGUGUAAAGAGGCUGAGCAAUCCCCCAGGCAAUGCAGUUAGCUUACGAGUUUGGAGCCAAAACCUGCCUGUAACCUUAACACAAGUGUGCUUAAAACAUGAUCCAAAUGCCUUAGAAUCCUUCAGAGAGGGACCAUGAUGAUGUACAAAUAAAGUCUUAAACUGCUUCACUUCA